UAAAGUCAGAUCGGCUCCGGCUGCAACAGCAAAAAAAUUCUCGCCUUUGACCAAUAUACACGCACGCAACGUUUGUGCUAGAGGUGUUCGAAGAUUCGUGAAGGCUGUAGAAAGAUUUCGAUCCAGAGUUUAUUGGGGCGUCAUUUUUUGACAGCAAUUCGUGUUCAAACAACACAUUUGAUUUUCCACAAAUGGCCUUAAAUCCGCAGUAUGAUGCCAUUGGACAAGCGUUUGCUCAGCAGUACUAUUCAACAUUCGACGAGCGAAAUUUUGGAACCUUGAUCAACUUUUACAAUGCUGAAACUUCACUCAUGACAUUCGAAGGAAUUCAGAUCCAAGGUGCUCACAACAUUAUGGAGAAAUUCAAUAGCUUAACUUUCCAGAAGAUUCAGCACAUCAUCACUAAAGUUGACUGUCAACCUAUGUUUGAUGGAGGGAUUUUAAUCAAUGUUCUGGGACAGCUGAAGACAGAUGAUGACCCACCCCAUUCUUUUUCCCAAACAUUUGUUUUAAAACCUAUUAGUGAUACUUUCUUUUUGCAACAUGAUAUUUUCAGAUUGGGAAUUCAUAGCGCCUAAUUGUCUUGUGUGCUGCUAAUUUUCUUUCCUGCCAUUCUUUCAGGAAUAAAUGAUAUAGCCUUCAUGCUUCA